AAGGAGCAGACUGAGUGAGGAGCCAUGAUGGGACACAGGAUGGUGAAGUGUUGGAAUCUUCCAGAGGGCACUUUGGAAGGAGGAGGAUGCAUGAACGGAGGCUCCUCGACUUCCCACCACAUCCCCAAAAAAGCCCUCUGUGUCAGCCUCUCAGCUUCCCUGCUCCUGGUAUUCCUGACCCUGGGCUUUACUGGACACCUCGGGGUGCCUCAACAACACUCGCAGUCUACACAGGCUGUGAGAUUCACCGGCCCAGACCCGUCUGGAGUCCUGCUCCUCAAUCAGUUGGCAGCCGUAGACCAGCAGAACGGCCUGGUGACCUUUUCUGUGACCACAGGGGUGAAUCAAACAUCCAAAGUGCUUUUUGACAUCAAACAUGGCUUGAUAUGUUACCGGCCGGUCCACCAGGAGAGCUGCUUCCUGCGGACCAUGGAGACAUCCGACUACGAGAACGUGCACUCUGUACUUCAAGCAUCAGUAAACAAGCAAAGUCAGUUCCAGCUGUCUGCGAACGAGACCCAGAGGCACACAGAGUUCUUGGGGGUCCUGGCUGCUAGUCAGGUAGAUGUCUCUGCCUUGGAGGAGCCUCUGAAGCUUCUCUGUCAGGAUAGGCCCAUCUACUGGACCAAGAGGGCUGAAGGCCCGGGAAAACAGAGGCUGGUCUAUUUCUGCAUAGACAUCUGCUUUCCCAACAACAUCUGUGUUUCUGUGUGCUUUUACUACCUACCAGAGUAACUCAAUCCUUACCAAUCAUCUCAGAAAAGGAGGGGAAACUUUUUUUUUUUUUUAAAGUACUGUCAACAAGAUUGGGCCAAUGCUGUCAGUACUUUUGAGAGGUAAGAGAUCGGCAAAAUCCCCGUAUACAUGCAUAGACUCCUUCCUGGUGGCGCCCACUCCCCACAUGUACCAGCAACCAGUGUUAUGUCAUUGUUGUUCAAUAAAAAAUAAAAACUGGGGUUCUUGCCACUUUGUUAUGGAUUAACUUAAUAACACAGUACUGAAAGACCGCAAC